CCCCAGGAAAUUAAGAGAUAAACCCCAGCCGCUGCAAAUAGGUUUUAGCAGGAAAAAUUGGAACCCUCGAGCUCGAAUUUCAGUACACCUCUCUGCUUUAUUCGUUUGGUUGAUUUGAUCUCUGUCUCCAUUUAUGAUUCCGCGACUGUGAAGAUGGUUUUGUCAAACAAAAAGUUGAAGAAGAAAUUGAGAGAAAAGCUAGCCGAAUCGCUGAUUUCAUCAGUCGCCGGAAAAGACUCCAACGGUGAUGUUUCCGGUGAACCGGACACAGAAUCUCGGCGAAAAUCCCUCAAAGAAUUAUUAGGCACUGUUUGUCGCCAUGGACCCAGAUUGUCUAAGCGAGAGAAACGAAGAGAAUCGCUCAUUUUGACAGCUUCAGAUGGGAAUAAGGAUGAGAAGAAGGAAGAUGGGAAUCGGGGAUUGGGGGAGACAAAGAGAGAGAAGAAGAGGAAGAGAGAUGAAGGGGCGAAAGAGAAGAAUUUGGUUGAUGGGUUGGAAGAGAAUAAUGAGAAGGCCAAAAAGUUGAAGAAGAAAAAGAAGCAGCAGAAGAAGAAGAAGAAGAAGAGUAAUAAGAAGGCAAAGAAUGGGGAGGAGGAGGAGGAGAAGCAGGGAGAAGUAAGUGGGAAUGAAGUGAAAGUGCAGGUUGAAGAAACUCAUUAUAAUAUAGGCAGUGAAUUUAAUGAAAAUUUGGCAACAAAAGUGUAUGUUGGAGGCAUUCCAUAUUAUUCAACCGAGGACGACAUUUGUUGCUUUUUUGAAAGCUGUGGCACUAUUACUGAAAUUGAUUGUAUGAAGUUUCCAGAGAGUGGGAAGUUCAGAGGCAUUGCAAUAUUGACUUUCAAGACAGAAGCUGCAGCAAAACGAGCACUAGCGUGGGACGGAGCCGACAUGGGGGGACUCUUCCUUAAAGUACAGCCCUACAAAGGAACUCGAACAAAUAGAGCAGUUGAUUUCUCUCCAGCAAUCGUGGAAGGCUAUAACAGAAUCUAUCUGGGGAAUCUGUCUUGGGAUGUAACUGAGGAUGAUCUAAAGAAACUCUUCGCAAACUGUAAGAUUGCAUCGAUACGUUUUGGCAUGGACAAGGAAACAGGGGAGUUUCGUGGCUAUGCCCAUGUCGAUUUCUCUGACAAUGUCUCAUUAAAAACAGCUCUGAAGUUAGACCAGAACAUAAUUCACGGCAGACCUGUCAAGAUAAGAUGUGCAGUUCCAAAGAAAGGAACAGAAAGAAGAGGAGGAGAAGCAGCAGCAGCAGCCGCGGUAGCAGAAACGCAUCUGGAAAUGCAUCCAGACCCUAUGCCUGAAACGAAGGAAGCUGCUGAAACUACUGUAGUAAGCUCUGUAAGUGGUAAGAUAAGAAGAAGAACAUGCUAUGAAUGUGGUGAAAAAGGCCAUCUUUCUUCCCACUGCCCAAAGAAGCAGCUUGUAGAUUCAGUCGCAAGUUGAGUACAAUGAACCAUUUGUUUCUUGUAGGCAGCAAAAUUGGACUGUUGAGAAUUUUCUUUUGCACUGUAUGCUACUGUAAUCUCUGAUGUUUUGAAUUUCACUCACUUACAGAAAGGUUAAUAUAAAUCUAAUCUGGCUUGGGAAAAAAUAUUUUUAUAUUUAA